AUGGAUAAACGCGUCUUUGACUUCCAAACCAUGUUCAUAAUGGUCAGUACUAAUUCCUGUAUCAAGUAUUUGGUAUGUAAAGUUAUAGACAACUUAACUACUUGUUUUUUCUCCUUCCUUUUCAUGGCUUCCGCCCCAGCAUUUUUGCUUCUUUUUAUCAUGCUGUUAUGUUCCGCCACCGUCCAAGCUCAAAGAAAAAUACCUUUAGGCUCACCACUCACUGCAAUACUCAUAAAAAACAGUAACAAUACGUCCUGGGAAUCGGAGUCUGGUGAUUUUGCUUUUGGUUUUCAACAAAUCGAAAAAGAUGGAUUUCUAUUAGCAAUCUGGUUCAACAAAAUACCUGAGAGAACUAUUGUCUGGUCAGCCAAUGGAAAUAAUCUAGUUCAAGAAGGUUCGAAAGUUGAACUAACUAUAUCCGGGCUCUUUCUCAUUGACCAAACAGGAAAGCAGAUUUGGAGUACCACCAAAACCCCCAACACUGAAGUUUCUUAUGCGGCCCUACUCGAUGAGGGUAAUCUCGUGCUGGCUAAUCAGGACUCGGCCAAUUUGUGGGAGAGUUUCAAUGAACCAACAGACACAAUAUUACAAACUCAAACUUUGACUCUAGGUAUGAUCCUUGUUGCUCGUUAUUCCGAAUCAAAUUACUCGAGUGGAAGAUUUCAUUUUAAUCUGUCGGAUAAAGGUCCGCGGCUCUACAAGAGAGCUUUCCCCACUGAAGUUGGCAACACUGCUUACUGGCAGAGCAACGAAGUGAGCAGUGAGUAUCAACUGACCUUUAACCAGUCUGGUUUUUUUUGUCUAGAAGCAAAGAAUGGCACAAUACUUACUGUGCUAUUAUCAAGUACUACUUCUAGUUCAGAACGAGAUUUCUACCGGAGAGUAAUUCUCGAGUAUGAUGGUGUUCUGAGGCAGUAUGUCUACCCUAAAGGAGAUUAUUCGAUUUCCAGGUUGAAGUGGAGUAUGGCACCUUCAACCUCUAUACCUUCGGAUAUUUGCUCAAACCUUACGGAAAACACGGGAAGUGGAUCUUGCGGGUUCAACAGCUACUGCAAAUUGGGAGAUGAGCAGCGACCAAGUUGCUUUUGCCCAGAUGGUUACGUGUUCAUUGAUCCGGAUGACAAGAUCAAAGGCUGCAGGCCAGCGUUCGAAGCACAGAGUUGUGACAAAGAUUCGCUGGAUGGUGAUCUUUUUGAUCUUCAUACUGUGGAAAAUGCGGACUGGCCUGAAAGUCAUUACGAGCAUUUUAUUCCAGUGACUGAAGAAUGGUGUAGGAAAGCUUGCCUGAGUGAUUGUUUUUGUGAUCUUGCUUAUUUCAAAAAUGGUGAUUGUUGGAAGAAGCAACUUCCUCUCAGGAAUGGGAGGAUGCGCUCCAACUAUGGUGGGAAAGCUAUGAUCAAAAUAAGGAAAGAUAAUUCUACAUCCAAGCCUGGGGGGACUAAAUCGAAAGGGCAAGAUCAGCCAACAAUGCUACUAAUUGGAUUUUUAAGUAGCUCGGUUUUUCUGAACAUAGUAACGUUAGUAGGCUCUUUGGUUCUGUUCCGCUUCAGUAAGAAAGCGAAGGUGAUUCAACCUUAUGAGUUCAUGCCAGACAUGAAUCUGAGAACUUUUGCUUAUGCGGAGCUAGAAAAGGCUACAAAUGGAUUCGAGGAACAACUAGGCAGAGGCGCUUUUGGUACUGUUUUUAAAGGGGUUAUACCAUUUGGCAAUGUAAGUCUGGUUGCGGUUAAAAAGUUGGACAACAUGAUGAAAGAAAGCGAACGAGAAUUCAAAGCAGAAGUAAGUGCAAUCGGCCGUACAAAUCAUAAGAACUUGGUACAGCUGAUUGGGUUCUGCAACGAGGGGCAACACCGACUUCUUGUAUACGAGUUCAUGAGCAAGGGCUCCCUAGCAGGCUUUCUGUUUGGACCUUUAAGGCCAACAUGGCACCACAGAAUGCAAAUUGCCUUGGAAAUUGCAAGGGGUCUCUUUUACUUACACGAGGAAUGCAGCACCCAAAUCAUUCAUUGUGAUGUCAAGCCUCAAAACAUCUUGUUGGAUGACUCUUAUGCAGCAAGGAUUUCAGAUUUCGGAUUAGCCAAGAUUUUGAAUACUGACCAGACACGAACAACUACUGGAAUCAGGGGAACCAAAGGAUAUGUAGCUCCUGAAUGGUUCAAAAACAUGCCUGUCACUGUCAAGGUGGAUGUGUACAGCUAUGGCAUUGUGUUGUUAGAGAUCAUUUGCUGCAGAAAGAAUUUCGAAGCAGAAGUUGAUGAUGACACUCAAACGAUACUCACAGAUUGGGCUUAUGAUUGCUAUGCAAGUGGGAAAAUCGAAGUUUUAGUGAAUAAGGAUGAUGAGGCAAUGGAAGACAUGAAGAGGGUGGAGAACUAUGUGAUGGUUGCAUUAUGGUGUAUUCAAGAAGAUCCAUCACUUAGACCCGCAAUGAAGAAGGUUGUUCGGAUGCUUGAAGGAACCAUUGAAGUCUCAGAUCCCCCGGAUCCGUCGUCGUUUAUCAGUUUUUUAUAGAUCCUUUUGAUUUCCCUAAGCCUAAUUGCAGCUACUUUAGAGUGCAUCAAUGGCACAAUCAUGAAUGAAGAAUAACUACAUACCUCAAUAUUCUCUAUAUAGAGUUGUCUAUCUUUAUCUUUCAUUAUUGUUUAGUAACAAGGAUAAUGUGAAGAUUGGUCCUACUUGAUAGUGUCUGUUAUGAUAGUUAAGGAUUACAAAA